AUGGAUGUGGAUACGGCGAGCGAUAAUACGUCUAUAGAUGACAAAAUAGACGAUUUUUGCGAAAAUCCGACGAGAGAUGCUUUAACGGAAGGUUUAAUGAGUCUUUUGAAGCCAACGGUGGAUCAAUUAGACGAAAGAAUUCGUGCCACAAGAAUAUGUCAAAUAGAAUUGAAGCAACAAAUCGAAUCUCUGACAGAAGAGUUACAAAGGAUUAACGAAGCGUUGCAGUGUCCAUUGGAAACGGAUUCCUAUGUGAAAAAACUUAUCAACGCUAAACACAAGAUAACGAUUGUGAGUAAUAUAUUACAAAGUACACAGGAGCGAUUAAACAGAAUUCAUCAAGCAGUAGAGAAAAACACUGCGAAAAGAAAGGCAUUGUUGGAUCAUAGUUCGUUGUAUGGUAAUGCUACAAAUGUUUUGGAUAAACAAGAAGGGACUGAAAUGGAAAAAGAACCUGGGCCAUCUAUAGAACAAGAAUAG